AUGGGUAAGAAGAAACAGGAGAUGUCUCAAGUAUAUAAUGGAUCCAAAAACGAGUUUAUCUUUGGAGAGCAAGGAGGAAAAGGAAGAAACCUAUCUUCGUUUUUAAAGAACCUAUCGUUAACAGGAUCUUCUGCCAGUGUCGAUUCCCACCGAGAUUCCUAUGAGGAAGUAAACAGUAAUAUAUAUGGAAGUCUUAGCUAUAGCAAGAACAACAGAUCUGCCGCCAAUUUAAGCUCAGGAUCGAUUUUUCAACCUCGACCAGCGUCAGGUGGGAACAGGACGGUUUCUCUUGGACACAUUGGCAGGCAUCAAUCACCCAAGACUCAACAUCGCAGGUCUCAUUCAAAUACACGCUAUACUGACUUAGACGAUGACUGGGAUGCAGGGCUAGAUGAGGUCGUUGUUAAGCCUAACCCGCCACCAAUGUUGGAUUCUUUGUACCCAGAUUUGACAGUUCAGCUUCCCCUGGAAGUACCAGAGAAAAAGCAACACAAGGAGUCCAUGGAUGAUGUGGAUUUACAGGCAAAAGCAGAAAUAAACAAGCUAAACCAGCUUAAUAGCAAAUAUUCAAAGUUCAGGAAGAUCCUUGCGUCUGAUACCAUUAUAAAUUUACAGGAUUUGAGAAAGUUAUCAUGGAAUGGUAUACCAAAUGAGUUGCGAGCAUUGUCAUGGUUGUUGCUACUUGGAUAUCUUCCUACAAAUAAGUCUCGCCAGAGCUCCACUUUGAAAAGAAAACGACAGGAGUAUUUGGAUGGAUUGGGUAGUGUUACAAUAGAGUUUCAUGAGGAUCCACCAGAUAACAAUUCAAAUUUGUCAUUAUCCAAUGUUAAUCGCGACAAGCAGUUGUAUCACCAGAUAAAGAUAGAUGUAAAAAGAACAAACCCAACACUAAAGCUAUAUUCUUAUUCGGCAACUCAAGUGUCACUACGUAAAAUAUUGUAUUUAUGGGCAGUACGACACCCAGCCAGUGGGUAUGUUCAAGGAAUAAACGAUUUAUCUACUCCAUUUUAUCAGAUAUUCUUGAAUAAUUACAUUUGGCAGCUACAAAGAAAGCAACAAGGCGAGUUGGAAGAUGAGGAUUUGUUUAUUCCCGGAUACAUGGCUGGCACUGAUGAAGAAGACCCAGAAGAGCAGAAAUUGCUCAACGAUCCUCAAUUGAUGCAAUACAACUUGGAGAAUUUUAAUACAGAGUGGCUUUCUGCGAGAGUCACGUCUAUCAUCGAGGCAGAUACGUACUGGUGUUUGUCAAGAUUAUUGGAGAAUAUAACAGAUAACUACAUUCACCAGCAACCUGGUAUUAUAAGACAAGUUAAUGAAUUGAAAAACUUGAUUUCAAAGAUCGACGUGGAGCUCUUAAAUCAUUUUGAGCAAGAGGGCAUCGAGUUUAUUCAGUUUUCAUUCAGAUGGAUGAAUUGUUUGUUGAUGCGCGAGUUGCCGAUGCAACUCAUUAUUAGAAUGUGGGACACUUAUCUUAGUGAAACUCCAUUGGGGUUUAAUACGUUUCAUACUUAUGUUUGUGCUGCUUUUUUGAUUAAAUUCAGUAGCGACUUGAAGGAGAAGGAUUUCCAGGAGAUUAUUCUAUUUCUUCAGAAUCCCCCCACUAGUAGUUGGACAGAGAAGGAUGUCGAGUUGAUGUUGAGUGAAGCUUACAUUUGGCAGAGUCUAUACAAAAAUGCGUCAGCUCACUUGAGAUAA